UGUCGCAGGUUGCGUGGAGUCGGCUCGUGGGUCUCAGAGACCCGAAAAUUGAGAGUUCCUUCGCGCCCGGGAUACCGCUCCCCGCGGCUUUGCAGCCGUCACCAUGCCACAAAAUGAAUAUAUUGAGUUACACCGUAAGUGCUAUGGAUAUCGUUUGGAUUACCAUGAGAAAAAGAGAAAGAAGGAAAGUCGAGAGGCUCACGAACGUUCAAAAAAGGCGAAAAAGAUGAUUGGCCUAAAGGCUAAGCUCUACCAUAAGCAGCGCCAUGCUGAGAAAAUACAAAUGAAAAAGACUAUCGAGAUGCAUGAAAAGAGAAACACCAAACGAAAGAAUGAUGAGAAGACUCCACAAGGUGCAGUAGCUGCCUAUCUGCUGGAUAGAGAGGGGCAGUCCCGAGCUAAAGUACUUUCCAAUAUGAUUAAACAAAAACGAAAAGAGAAAGCGGGAAAAUGGGAAGUCCCUCUGCCCAAAGUCCGUGCCCAGGGAGAAACAGAAAUAUUAAAAGUCAUUCGAACAGGAAAGAGAAAAAAGAAAGCAUGGAAGAGGAUGGUUACUGAAGCCUGAUUUGUUGGGGAUGGCUUUACGCGAAAACCACCUAAAUAUGAACGAUUCAUCAGACCGAUGGGCUUACGUUUCAAGAAGGCUCACGUAACGCAUCCUGAACUUAAAGCCACCUUUUGCCUGCCGAUACUUGGUGUAAAGAAGAAUCCCUCACCCCCACUAUAUACAACCUUGGGUGUUAUUACCAAAGGUACUGUCAUUGAGGUGAACGUGAGCGAGUUGGGCCUUGUGACACAAGGAGGCAAGGUUAUUGGGGGAAAAUAUGCCCAGGUUACCAACAAUCCUGAAAAUGAUGGAUGCAUAAAUGCAGUCUUACUGGUUUGAUAGCAGUUUCACGUAAGUAACUCCUAAUUAUUGGCGAAGACUGCAAACCAACCAGGAAAACCACCAUUACCAUGUGUUUACGAAUACUACCAAACAGCCUUCGUGUCUGCAGUCAUCAAGAGAACUAUUUAUUAUGUGAUAAAAAACAUUAAAAU